UUGAAACUACGAAACAAAACCACCAACUAUCCACAAUUCUGGAACAUCAAUCAUUAUGUCCACCCCAAGAACCGAGACCAAGACCACACCCAGCGCCAGCGCGAAGCCCAGCUUCGGCGCGAACAGCAAGAACGGGACUUGGCCAAGCUCCGCCAGCAAGAAGCCCGAGACCGCGAGGAGGCCGAGCUCAGGUGGAGACAGGGCCGAAUCGCGGAGCAGGACAAGUACGAGAAGAAGGAGGCUGAAUGGCGCGAGAAGCGGCGCAAGGAGUAUGACGAUUAUCUGCAGAAGGAAGAGGCGUAUAGACGCAGCCGGCAGCAGGAAGAGGACGACUGGAGACAGAGAGAGCGGGAGUGGGCGCGGGAGCGACAAGAGGCGCAGGAGCAGUGGGAGCGGGAGGAGUUUGAGAAGCGUCGGCGUCGGUUUCAGGGGCCAUUCUAA